AUGAGUUCAAAGUCAGCAGCAGCCAUCCUCCAGCGGCAGUUCAGAGACUUGACGGACCCCAAGAAGGGCAUCCCCUCAUUCCACAUCGAGCUUGACGACGACAACAUCUUUUUAUGGAACAUCGGCAUCAUGGUGCUCAACAAGGAGUCCAUGUACCACGGGGGGUUCUUCAAGGGCCAGAUGCGUUUCCCUGCUGACUUUCCUUUCUCGCCCCCAACGUUCCGUUUCACGCCCGCCAUCUACCACCCCAACGUGUACCGUGACGGCAGAUUGUGCAUUUCCAUUCUCCACCAGGGAGGUGACCCUACCUCGGACGAGCCAGACAGCGAGACGUGGUCGCCUGCUCAGACGGUGGAGCUGGUGUUGAUUUCCAUUGUUUCGCUUUUGGAGGACCCCAACAUCCUGCUGCCUGCCAACAUCGACGCUUCCGUCGAGUUGAGAAAGAGCCCCGAUGCCUACAAGAAGAAGGUUAUGCAAGAGGGCUUUGUGGUUCCCGAGAGCGAGGUCCACGCCUACGGUGCCGGUUCGGGCGCCAAGGACGUUGAGCAGGAGCCUGUGGACGAGGACUUCUGGUACGACAGCGAGGAGGAGAGUUUUGAUGAGGAAAGCCUCAUGGAUGACAUGGACGAGGUUGAGGACGACGUCGAAGAGGAGAGCGACGUUGACAUGGUGGUGAAGUGA